GGUCUACACGAUACCUAUUUGCUAAAAAAAUUCACGAUACCUGCACGUCUGCCUCACUGCUGAUUCUACUCUUCUUCCAUUUAGAUUCAAAAUUUUACCCUUUACCGCCAUUAGGGAAUUGUGGGAUUUUAAGGGGUCUAGCAAUUAGAGACCUGGACGGCUGGACAGCAGCGUCAGGCAGCGCAGGGCCCGGACCGCCAGACGGAUUGACGGAAUCGCUGAGGCGCGCGACAGGGCUCAGGAGGCCGGGAGUAGCCGAGCUGGCGAGUAGGCUGUAGGCGAAUUCAGUUCACUCAGUUAAGGACUUCAGGUCAUACUAGCGGGCACAAGCGCACAAGCGCACAAGCGCACAACGAAGCAGUAAAGCAGCUCCAAUUUCAGCUUUUUACCGCACGGAGUAUUCUAAAAUUUGCUGUUUCCCGGCACUGUAUUUGUUCCCGUCCCUGGCUAGGCCGAGAGGCCCGAAAUAUGUAUGCUCUUUGUAUGUGGUCAGUCACACGCCAUGUGAAGUGGUGUCCUACAAUUGUCACUGUAUCGUCCUCCUGAUUUUGUGCCAGGGUCUGGCAUGUCCCUGCUUCAUAGCUAUGCACUACAUCGAAAGUUGCAGGUUUAUGCUGUAUCCGGAUGUAUCAAGAAGGCUAUUGAGGCAUUGAGUUCUAUGAGGUGCGUCUCCUGGAAGCCUACUGUUCAUGAUUAUAAUUCAUUAAUUUAUUGCAACAUGAGGUCAAAAUUUGUAUCCAUAGAUGAAAUAGUAGAGGUAUAUUUGGGAAUGAAGAGAUUUGGGCCUUCCCCUAAUGCAAUUACAUUUAACACCAUGCUGAAUGGGCUGAUCUCAUUGGGGAGGUUGAGAGAUGCAAUUUGGAUAAGCAAGGAUAUGCGGGAAAUUGGCUUCUUACCAUCAUUUAGUAUGCUAUCCAAGUUGUUGAAGAAAUCAUUUAUUUUGGGCAGUUUGAGUGAUUCGUUCAGCAUUUUUGAGUUUAUGUUGAACUUGGGAUGUAUUCCUACAGAACCAUGUUUGGUGAAAUUAUUUGUUGCUCUCUGCAAAGAUGAUCCAAAUAUUCCUCCAACAGCUUUUGUUGUUCUCACUGUUCUUUUAAGCAAAAAGGAUUGUUUCCAAGGAUCACGUGACUUUAACCCUAUAUUCUGGGCAUUAUGCAAGUCCAAUCAUAUUGAUUAUGCAUUAGCCUUUCUUUGCUAUUUAAAAAAGAUGGGGUUUAGAUGUGAUGUUUACUCGUACACCGCAUUAGUUUAUGGAUUUUGUAGGAAGAAGUCGUGGAAAGAAGCAUUUGAAUGCUUAGAUGAGAUGGAAGUUGAAGGGCAUGAGCCUAAUGUGAUAACAUAUACUAUUGUUAUAAAGUCUCUUUCUGAUGAUGGGAAACUUAAAGAAUCAUUGGACCUAUUGAAGAUGAUGGAAGAAAUUAAGGGAUGUAGUCCAGACUUGGUUACAUAUAAUGUUGUUCUCCGAGCACUUUGCCAACACAAUAGGCGACACUUCAAGAUAGGCGAGCUUGUCCAAAUUAUUGAUGGAAAAGGGUUCACGCCUGACCAAUAUACUUAUGCUGCUAUAGCGGUUGGUUUGUUGAAAAGGAGAAAAUUAAGUGUAGCCGAAAGGCUCAUUCGUCGAAUUAUUUCUUCAAGUUGCUGCUUUGUCGAUGUUGUGAUAUAUAAUAUAUACUUGAAUAUUUUGUGUAAAGGUAACAGAACACAAGAAGCACUCUCUAUGGUGAAUAACAUGACGGGAAUAGGCUUCAGUCCGACGAUUGUGUCCUACAACACGAUAUUGAAAGGAAUAUGCAAUGAGAAACAAAUUGAUGAAGCUAUGGAGAUUUUUUACCAGAUUGGUUGGCCCGUAGAUUUGAUUUCCUUCAAUACAUUGUUGGCUGCUGCAUGUGAACAAGGAGUUUCCACAAUAAUACAAAGGAUCUUAUACAUAAUGGAAUAUGAAGGGUUUGAACUCGAUGUAGUGAGUUCAACUUGUUUGAUUCUGUAUUUUUGCAAUGCUUUAGAGAUCACACCGUUAGUGAAAUUUUUAGAUCAUGUAAUUGGUGAAGGCUUUCAUAUUAGUAUAGGGACAUUUAAUGCUCUCAUGAGCAGCCUGUGCAAGAAGAGAUUAGUUGGAAAAGCAUACACUAUAUAUUCAUAUUUUAGAAGUAAAGGGAUUUCACCAGAUGUCACAACUUAUGAUAUUCUUCUUCGUGGUUUGAUAAAAGAAAGGGAUUAUUUUCUUGUAGAUAAGUUGUUAUGUGAUAUGUGCGAGCAGAAAUUAAAGCCUGAUGUUUUCACAAACGGGGUCAUGUAUAGAUUUUGUAAAGAAGGCAUGUCUCCUUUUGACCUUCAAUUGAGGUAUCAUAUGCAUGAAAAUGGGAUCAACCAGACUGAGCAAACUUACUUUAGCUACGGAUAGGUCCAGUUGUGGCAGGUAUGGCGUAAAAGAACAGAAAAUGAGUUUUGGGAUGUUUGACCUGGUGGCCCUAUUAUCUGGAUGUCCUUCAGUUUCCCAUGCUUAGUGCAUUGGAGGUCAAAGAAAUUCGAACGUCCUCUAUAUGGAAUUGGAGUAAAUGGAUAAUAAAUACAAGUGUUCACUUAUUUCAGGACCCUAGAGGCCUAGACCGUUUACUCAUGUGAUAUCUCUUCAUUGAGAUGGGAAGUAUACAGAAAAAUUUCCCAAAAUGGUUUACAAGGACGAUAAAUUAUGCAUAAUGCUUGUGAAUGCCGCACAGUAAAACAGCUCUGCAUAAGAUCCAAGCAGCCUUGCCUAGGCUCUCAAUUGGUAUUAAUCAAUGUAGUGGACAUUCAGUUGGGAUUUCAAUUCGAUGAAACGAGUUUGGGAAUUCUUAUGUUCAGCAAUUGGGAGUGUCGCCUUUUCUUGUAAGAAUCUCUAAGCUGGUAAGUAUAUUCACUCCUUUGAUGGACUAGUAAAUCAAGAGACUUGGUCCCUUCCUUUCUAUCCUUAAUGUUAAGAGGAUCGAUUCAUUGUCCACCAAUUUCUUCAGACCAACAUGACUUUUUUUUGCUAAGGCUCCGCCUGGUAAGUGUUAUGGUUGAAAUUGAUUUUUUUAAAAGAAAAGUAUUUGUCAAAAUGAAGGGGAGCCUUAGUGCACUUGUUAGCACUCUUACUCGCUCCGUUUCGAUUUUCUGAGUAACUUGUCAAGUACUAGGUGAUUUUCUCUACUCGGUGACAAGGUUGACUGGCUGAGAUACUCGGCAAGCAGUAAUUAAUUUUUUGGGGGUUAAAUCUAAACUUUUUAAACUCUAAGUGGUAUACUAUGGAAUUUGUAAAUAAUUAGUGGGUAUUUGAAAUCUGGAAAAAUAAGAUCACAAAGUGCUGAUCUGACUUGGAAACAAGUACGCGCAAUCCAACAAGCCGCUCAUGCACGUGCAAAUACAAAGAGUCAAAACAGAAGAGAGAAUGCACCAGUCUGAUUCGAUUAUUUGGAAUAGAAUGAACUUCUAGGAAAUCCGACUAGUAAAUAUCUGUUUGGGGAAGAUCUAUUUGGGGACAUUGAAAGGAAGAAGAAAAUGGCGACCUUGAACCAAAUGAAGAUAGUUUUGGACAAAAGUUUGGAAGUAUUAUUAAAUGAUUAAUUUUCUUGGAAAGUUAGAAUAUUUGGGACAUUUAUAUUUCUAAAUUUAUUUACUAUCAAGUCGAGUAAUCACUGACUAAUCCAAAGUAUGCCGUCCUGCUCACUACUAGGGCCUUGACCGAGUUGCCUGAUAGGUAACUCAGAAAGUAGAUGAUAGGUAACUCAGAAAGUAGUAAAGAAACUGUAUAUUGCUAAUGUUUUCUCAGAACUUCAAAGUGUAUCAAUGGUGGAAUUACAACUGAAAAUCAAGAAAAACUACUCUUCGAGAGGUCCUGCUCUUCAGUCUAUUUCUAACUGACUAACAGCCUGCUCUUCUUACUCACCCCCUCCUAUUUAUACUAUUCUAGUAUUCUUCUUAUUUAUUAUUAUUCUACCCGGGUCCCUAUCAUAUCUCCCCCCUUUAAGCAACCACCUUGUCUUCAAGAUGGGUGAUAGGAAACUGGAAAUCAUGCUUCAUCCUGGCGCCUCUUCGGCUCUUCCUUCCCAAUACCUCACUGUUUGCUGGACAGUAGCUUCCAUACUUGAAUCUUCCUCCUCACUUCUUCUAGCAAAAGCAUCAAUAGAUCCUCUACCUUCAGAACAUCAGUACCACCCGGGUGGCUUUGUUCAUACUGGAACUGAGCUUUACCAAUCACCAACUGCUCAAUCUUCCAUUUGCUAACAGCUCUUGCCUCAGGAUAUAACCCAAGCCCUUGGGUUUCAGUUGCUUCACUCCUUGAAAUUGUAGUAUCUUACAUGAAGUAUUCCCUGGGACUGAUAAGAAGAACAGCAGGAACAUCAAUUAACUGACUAACAACAAUGGCAGAUUCAAUUGCAGAGGUAUUAAAGGAAGCUUUCCAAUAGGAAUCCUGUGACUCAAAAUUGAUAGGUGCAAACAAUGACAUGAAGUGCAGAAGUAAUAUGAAAACGGGAACGCGGUUCGCUAAUAUGAAAAAAACGAUACGCAGGGGGGUAGGCUUCUUCGGUACGCUAGUUCGGUACACGGUACGGUGUACCAUAAACAUAUACUACCUACAAUUUUUGUGUAUUAAGUACAAACUAUAAAUGUAAUAAAUAUAAUAUAAUACUAGUACUAAACAAUUAACUUCAAUAAAACAUUAAACAAAAAGUCUGAAGUACUUAAACAAAUAAAGUAACUAUAAUUAACAAAAGUAAUUAAAAUAUUAAGAACGAAGUCUAAGGUUCUGAACCGUGGAAUUGAGUAUGAAAGUCUUGAACAUUUAAAGUUUAAAUGCGUGUAACAAAAAAAAAAACAAUUCAACUGUCUCUUUGGAGUCUGGAAGGAAGUAUGAAAGUCAAGAAGGGUCAUUUAGAUUUCAGAGGUACGAAAUUAUGAAUAGGAAAGAGUCAUUUAGACUUUAGAAGUCGAAUCACUUGGAGAGUAGAAGUCGCGUCGCUUGGACUGCUGGAUCGUCGUCCGCUAAGGGAAACUUGCGAACGACGAACGGGAUACGGCGAACCACCUGCAAGUGAAGCGCGAACUACGACCGAAAUCCGCCGUACCUGAGUCGCGACCCAGCAGCGACCGGCGCGCAACUGUACCGCGAUCCGGUACGCGUGAUCCGGAACGCAAAACGCGGGCACCUCAGCGAUUUCUGUAUCUAUGUGCAGAACCUGCUGUUGUUUCGACUGUGGAUAAAAAACUGGUAUAAGGGAAACUUUGCAAGAUACUCUUUUCCAUUUGUCAACUGCUUUAAACCUCUUUUAUGCACUUUAGAAUCACUAAAGGGCUGCCCCCUACCUAGAAAAUUAGUAGGUGAAAUCCAUAAGAGCUUAUAGCUUUUUGUGCUGCUUCCUCCAUAAGAGCUCCUCCACUUAAUAACCAAGUCCCUAAUGUACACCCACCUCAUUGCGUUAAGGGCAACAUUGAUAGGGACAUGGACAGCCAAUAAUAAUAAGAGCAAUAGAUCUAUAUUAAAUAAUGCAAUAAUUUACAAAUAAGGGUGUCGGGCCAUAUAAUUCAUAAGUUGGGCCGGCCCUUAAGAAUAGAUUUACUAUAAGAGGGGGAAGUAGGGAAGAAGAUAGGGAGGCAGAAAUUCUAAUAGGCUUGCGCAUGGGACUUGGGAGAGGGGACUGCUCUAAGUGUCUCGGCUAUCUGUUUCUUCCAUUUCGUACGAUUUCUACCAUUGUAACACCAUCAUUUUUAGUCAAACAGUUGGAAGAGCCUCUUAGUAGGGCAGGCAUAGAAACUGGAUUUCCAAUAUAAGUCACCCACCUAGAACCAACAAGAGGUCCAAUGCCCAGGUUUCCAGAUCCCGAAUAGCCCCUAGCAACAGGGUUCAUGACAAGGUUAUAAUCCCUCUCUACAUCUGCGGUAUUAUCACAGUGUAUGACAGUAACCACUCUAGAACUUCAUCUCACAGAAUGAAGUAAUGAACAACUGAUCUGAACUUCACACGAUGUACAUAAGAGUGAAAUCUCAAGUAAUAGAACUGAACAACAUUGAGAAUAAAAUUUCCAUUGAAUACAUCACUGCUAUGGCAAAGACUGCCACUAAGACAAGAUCCAUCAGCACCUCCCUCAUCUUUACGAACGGGUACAUGUGAUUCCCUUCAAUCCUUCUACCCAAUGCUGAGGUUUGUUCAUACAACCCCUUUUUUCCUUCCAUCCCCUCUUGUCUUCAUCUCUGAACUUCAAUCCUGUGCCUACCUGUUUAAUGCUAAUCAUUAGUGCAACUGAAUUUUGAACCCAUUUUGGAUGAGUCCUUCUAAUCACUGCCUCCUUCAGAGGUUUCCAGGUAUAAUCAGUUUUCUGCUCAUCCCCCCACGUAAACCCAUUUAUGAUCAACUAUGGAAUGCUAACUAUCAGAUCACAUGAAAGUCGUUAAUUCUUGUUUUACUUUUUGGAAUAUAUGUGCAGGGGUCUGGUUUUUCCACUGUCACUUGGAGCUGCACACAGGUUGGGGGCUGAAAACAACAUUUGAAGUGGAAGAUGGACCGAGAUCAGAUCAAUAGGUUCUGCCUCCACCAAAGGAUCUUCCACAGUUCCACUGUGCUAAUGAUAAAACAUUCACAGCUUAUUAAUGUCCCAUCAUAAAAAAAUCAUGAGGCAUCUUGAUUCUUGUGGUUGAAGAUCCCCCAAAUUUGAGGCAAAUAUUGAAAAAGUUAUUAUGCGUGUAUGCAGUUGAGAAACGUUGUGAAAAACAAAUUAUUUAAUUUUUAAUUAACUUGAAAAUGUAAUAAAAGUCCAAAAAUGAAAAGGCAAUUGUUUUCAUCUUUUCAUUGGACAUUUCUAGCUUGGUAACUGUAAACUGUGGAGUAUCUGUAUUGAUUACCUGGGUGGCUGGGUUUUAGUCUAGUAUAUAGGUGUGAGGUAAACCUUGAUAAAAUACAAUUAAUGAGUUAAAUUAUGGUAGUAGAAACCUUACUUGGAGAGUUAGGGCGUGUUAUUUUCUGAUAUAAGC